AUGUCGAACUUACCCCUCACGAACCAUGUCAAUCAUGUUAAUCAUGUCAAUCAUGUCGAGACACCCUUUGAUAUCUUUUCCUCGCUUCGUUAUGAUCCAGAAUUACCGCGUUUGACCAUGGAAAACCCGGAGAGCUAUCCCGAACCACUAAACUCGCCCUAUUAUCUGUUAGCCUAUCACCUGGACCGUCUAAUAAACGCUGCACGUCAUUUUGGCUGGGAACGAGCUUUUGAGGAGGGUCCAAGUUGGAUGAAUGGGGAUCUGGAUAGCCUGGAAGAGUUUCUAGAUUCUAGAAUACCAGACAAGCACCGGCCAUGGCGUUUGAAGCUUGUGGUUCAUCGCAGUGGUCAUGCUUGGUGUGAGGUAGCCGAGGCGGGUGCUCUUGACCCUCUCAACCUUCUGGUUCCAGGUUCCCACGCAAGAUCAGAUACCUUUGUCUGGCGUCUGUAUGUUGACUCAGAGACUACAGCUCCCUCGGGAUUUACAACUCACAAGACGAGCGCUCGGGAGGACUACAACGCUGCCCGUUUACGAUGCGGUAUUACCUCUCCUACCCAAACCGAGGAAGUUCUACUGGUAAACCCUAAUGGUGAGGUUAUGGAAGGAAGCAUUACUACUCCACACUUUCGCCAGCGGGGAGGUGCCGGUUGGAUCACACCCCCUUUGAGUUGCGGUGGCAAUGCUGGCACGACUAGAAGAUACGCUUUAGCCCGAGGGUUUUGUGCGGAGCAAGUCAUCGCUGCCUCAGAACUCGUGGAUGGAGAAGAAUGUUGGCUGAGCAAUGGCGUUCGAGGUUUUAUUCGUGCAGUGGUUGUUCUGAAUCGGCAAUCGGCUUAA